AUGAAGACCUUCAGUACUCUAUUGGGCGUCGCUGCUCUACCAUUGACACUUGCACAAUUUCCUCCAACGCCCUCGGGUCUGACGACAACCACGUCCACGGUCAAUAAAGACGUCAAGAUCACCUGGAAGGAGACCGAAAUAUGCGAGACAACGCCCGGAGUCAAGACCUAUAGUGGAUAUGUCCAUCUUCCAGGUCACCUGCUAGCUGAUCUUGGAGGCUAUGACAUGAACACGUAUUUCAUGUAUUUCGAAGCUCGCCACAACCCAGCCUCGGCUCCUCUUGGGAUCUACCUGGCAGGUGGGCCGGGCGAGGCUUCGACCUAUGCUGCUCUGUCCAGCGAAAGCGGACCGUGCUACGCCAACCUCUACGGGAACGAUACCGUUUUGAACCCCUGGUCCUUCAACAACAAUGUCAACAUGUUGUACAUCGAUCAACCGACGCAAACAGGGCUGUCGUACAGUUCCCUCGUGAAUGGCACAUACGACCUUGCAUCGUUGAACGUUACUCCAGAAAACUUCACCGCCGCUUCUCGUCCGGUCGUAAAUGGCACAUUUGGGUAUGGAACAUAUUCAGAUCAAGAUCCGUCGACCACGGCAAACACGACUGUCGCCGCAGGGAGAGCCUUGUGGCGCUUUGCAGAGCACUGGUUCUCAUCAUUCCCGCAGUACAACACCACAUCCAAGAGUGUCGGCAUAUGGGGCAAUUCGUAUGGCGGCUUCUGGGUGCCGGAGACAGCUGCACAAAUCAGCAAGAACCUCAAGAACCUUACAGACACACACCCACUGAAGAAGAAGGCCUUGAAGGUUGAUUCGAUCGGCAUCACGAACGGCUGUAUGGAUUUCGAGUAUCUGAUGGAGGGAUACCUCGAGUUUGCAAACAACAACACCUAUGGCGUCAAGUUCCUCCCUCAGGACAUUUACGACGAAGCACAAACCAACCUUACAAAGCCCGGAGGUUGUCUCGACAUGAUCAAGCAAUGUCGUCACGCUGGGAAUGUCGGUGACGCCGCUUAUUCUGCCGCCAAUGCCACCGUCAACCAGAUUUGCGAAGAUUCUUUUCUGUAUUGCUCGACCAUCGUCAGCUUGGUGAAUGAACUACACAAUGUUUCAGUCUUUGACGUCGCCAUUGAAACUCCCGACCAGUGUAAUUACUACCUUCCCGUGGCUCAAUACCUCAACCUCCCCGAGGUUCAAUCUUCUCUGGGGUUGCCCUUGAACUGGACUUGGGACUCCAACGUCAUCACCGCCCUGCUCGGGUUCGUUCCCGACAGCCCCAUCCCGGGGACGGGAGACUCAUCCCGCCAAGCGGGCCUGGUCAACCUGGAGUACCUGCUGGGCGACGGGGUCAAGGUCGCCAUGGUCUUCGGGGACCGUGACUACCGAUGCCCCUGGACCGGAGGCGAAGCCACCGCCAAGGCCGCGUCGUGGAAACACCAAAAUGGGUUCGUGUCCACCGCGGGCUACCAAGAACUCCAAGGUCUCGUCUCCAAAAACGCAAAGACCGGCGUCGUCAAACAGUUUGGUCAGCUCUCGUUCACCAGGGUCUUUGACUCGGGCCACUCGGUGUCGGCGUACGCCCCCGAAGCCGUGUUUCGAGUUUUCAACCGCACCACCUUCGGCAAGGACGUGGUCAGUGGUCAAAAGGUCGUCGGGGAUGAUUACCACACCACGGGCCCGACGGACAGCUGGGGGUGGAGGAACAAGAUGCCACCUCCCAUCCAAGACACUUGCAUGGUGGAAGGUAAGUUUUUGUCGGUCAAUCCUUGGGCUGCUGUCGAUGGGGGGCAGUAAGGAGUCAAGAUUCCUUCCGGCCCAGGUGAUCGGGCCAGUUAGAAGGUUGGGUAUCUAGGCUUUGGCGACUCGAGGGAGAAAGGGGGAUCAGCAAGGAGAAGAGAAUGAGGGGAA